AUGGAGACGGAUGGUGCGGUCGAUGGCGGUGGUUUCUCACUGAAUAUUGGUUGCUGUACUGCACGGAUGGCUGAGCUUUGGGGCGUAUACUAUGGGCUAUGGCCACUGCAUUGCUUGGGAAAGGGCAUUUUAAGAGUUGAAGUUGAGAUAGACUCUUUGAUGGUGGUCGGCUUUCUUAAGUCAGUGAUCUGUGAUACUUAUCCACUAUCUUUCCUGGUACACAUGUGCCACGACUUACUAUCGAAGGACUGGAAAGUCUGA